AUGGGUCCUGAUAGCUUCGGUGUGCCCUUCUCGCAAGGCCCCGCAUCGGAUACCGCUGACCAAUACCUGGCUCACUACGGUCAAGGCUUCAGGAGCAGCCUUCCGGGUAUCCACUCUGCCUUGGGCACCAGCGUUUUGUCCAUGUCCGAAUACGGCAAGGGCCAGCAAUAUGUGUAUGACGCCGAAGCCACAAGAUCGAAUCAGGUUUCGAGCUACCCUGGCAUUGCACAGCCAUCAUUCACCUCACCCUACACGGACGCGUCCACGCGUCUAGUCCAUGGGCACUCGAACGCAGAGAUGCCUUAUAUCCCUAGCUCCACGUACGAGUCACGCGGCCCGGGCGAUCUUCUGCCUCCAACCUCAUUUAUCGAUGCAAGGUCUCGUCAUCCCGCCUCACAAACAAGCACGGAAACGGAAAUCACGGGCUACGUUACGCCUACCCAAGGCACCGCUGGAUCCACAGUCAGUCUCCAAAUCCGAACGAAUUACGACCUUGCUGCAGAACAGUACACCUUUAUCCUCAUGUUUGGCAAGAAGGCCUGCGUCGCGGGACUGCAAAAGGUGGACUACGAUGAUGACUGGUACAACUACGUCCUCAGCGUAGAGGUCCCUCCUUUUCCCUUGACGAACUCGUGGGAUCCCACCAUGAUGCUGAGGUUACAGAUGGACAAAGAUGGCCAACUUUGCCACCAGGCAGAUGCCGGCAAGUUCACAUUCACCGACAUGUCCCCCAAUCUUGCCUAUCAGUCUGCUCCCGCCUACUCCAAGAAAAGAAGGUACUCCACCGAGUUUGCCGAUGAGCAGGACUUCGACACCAUAGCCGCAAAGCGGCAGAACACGCUCCGGUUCCACGCCAAACCGCGCUCGAUAUCCGGAGCUUACUCGGCAGCACAGCUAUCGCCUCUGCCGGCGCAGACCUCACUCUCUGCCGGAUAUGGUCCGACGGGAGCAUACGACAUGAGCAGGAGCAGCACCUACUCUUCUCAGCUGUCACAGAAAGGUCUGUAUGCGGUUCCAAGCAUGGGCCAAGGCGAUCUGAAGCCUCCACACAUGUCGCCUGGGCUUCAGUCCUACAGUCACUACAGCUCUCUUGUGCAGCCCACGCGUAGCCCAAGCUCCCUGAAUGCGACUCCAUCAGGUCUGAACGUUCUGCCAUCGCCGUCCACGCUCUCGGCUCCCGUGCUGGUUCGAGCGACGUCGAUUGCACAGAGCGGGGGCCCCUCGAACGGCCAGCCCUUCAACCCAUACUCCAUGUAUCAGACAAAAGCCAUCUUGAAGAUCGAAGGCGACCUCGAUAAGAUGAGUGAAGAUUGGUCGCAGGAAGAAAUCGACGCGAAACGACGCCUGGUACAGUUUGAAAGAUCACAGCACGGCAGUACCAUCUCCGCCACGUUCGCACCCAUCACGCCUGAAGCUCGUCCAACACGAAGCAUCUGCGUGAGCUGCAUCUGGUGGGAGGACAAGGACGAAUACUACAUCACCAGUGUGGAUACGAUAUACCUGCUCGAACAGCUGGUCAACGUCCGCUUCACGGUCGAAGAGAAGAACCGCAUUCGACGCAACCUGGAGGGAUUUCGGCCGCUCACCGUGUCCAAGGCAAAGGCGGACAGCGAGGAGUUCUUCAAGGUCAUCAUGGGCUUUCCAACGCCUAAACCGCGCAACAUUGAAAAGGACGUCAAGGUCUUCGCCUGGAAGGUACUCUCUCAUGCUUUGAAGAAGAUCAUCAGCAAAUACUCUGCAAGCUACGCCUCAACGGCCGGCGCUGGAUCACUCCCCAUCGCUUCGGCGUCUUCCUACGGCUCAAGCGGGCUUGCCUAUGCUUCUGGCAGUAUGCAUCGGCAUACUUCCCCGCGAUCGGUUUCUUCCUCAGUUGUCUCGGCCACCUACACGCCCAGCAUGACAUCCACAAGCUUGUCACCCAACUUCAAGAUGUCAGCAGGCUUGGAGGCAUCAUCGGGUCAUGGCAUGCCUACCCCGCAGAGAACCCCUUCAGUACAGAGCAUGACUCAAUGGGGCCCAGGAUCUCAUCAGAUGUCGCAUUAUCCAUCCACCCUGACACAAGGAGGACGUGGGUCCUGGGACUAUGGCUAUCUCAACAGCUCCGCGGUAGCCGGUGUGCCAUCUGGCUCACAAGCACUUCGCUCAGAUGGUGCACCUGAUAUCAGCCAGAUGUCGGCAGACGACGCUUACCAGCAAUAUGGACACCGUACGACGAGGGUGUAG